GAUGUGUUCGAAUGUUCCUCCGAAAUGUGGGCCACUCCCAACCUUGCAGCGUCAAUACACCUGGAAAAGCCCUGUGCCUUUAACUUUGUUAACGUUGCUGGUCCUAAAAGACAUAAUAUACUCGUGGAAAUAACAGGCCUCUCCUUUACCGGAGAUAUUGAUUCAGCGAUGACCGGCAGGCUGGAUGAGGACUCGAGCGAACGGGACUUUACUGAGGAGGACGUAAUGAGAGCAGAGGCUCACUGCCUCCGGCUUACGUGGGUAGACCAUGUCGAUGACUUCAACGUCACCUACCACGAGUCCAAUAGAGCUCGUCGUGUUGUACGUUGUAUUUUGAGUCCUUGCAAAUAA